AUGGAAAAGGCAACAAAGCCUAAGCGUCACCACACAUCCACCACUACCACCAUAACCACCACAGCUACCAACAACAACAGCAACAACAGCAGCAGCAGCGGCAGCACAACUAACAGCUCUAACCACAGCAGCGCCGGCAGCAACUCCAAUACAGCAACAGCAGCAGCAGCAACGGCAGCAACAUCUUUGCCAUCGACAUUGUUGGCUGCGCGCGCAAACACCCCACCGCUGCCGCCAUUGCCGACCUCUUUUGUGGCAAUCAAGUGCGGCGGCCGCAACAACGAACCCACCACCAACAACAACAACACCAAUCUAAACAACCACACUGGUCACCAUAAAUUCAAUCACACAGACAGACCUGCACCUCUGCCACAUCCACUCACACUUGAACCGCCUGCCUCGUUGGGCUACAUUGCACACCACGGCCACCAUCAUUCCGCUAUUCUGCCAUCGUCCGCAUCACCAUCGCCGUCGCUAACAACAUUCCAGCCAGCGCCGCCGCCGCCGUUGGCGCUACAACCGCAUCACUUCAACUCGCUGGACUAUCGCGAACGCAAUCAAACUCACUACAAGCACGGCCAUGGCCAUCAGCAGCCGCCGCGCGAGCCGCAAUCCACCAACCAGCGCACCAACACACUGGAUCGACGUAGCGCUGGUGCUGCGGCGCCUGCGCCCACCUCCUGCAUGGGCGAUUACAAUCAAAUUAGUCCGCACUACUUGCAGACGUUCGAUAGCCUCGACCCGUAUGGCGUGGCCAAUCUGCAUUUGUACCGCAGCCAAUCGAAGUCACAAAUCUAUGGGCGCGGCAGCGCCAGCGGUAGUGGCAGCGGCAGCAAUGAUGGCUCUACGCACGAUGCUGUACUCUAUCACAGCAACAGCACUUUAAAUCACUAUCAACAGCAACAACAGCAGCAGCAGCUGGGCAACGAACAGCAACACUACCAAAGCAGCGGUCAGCGUCACGCUCUAAAUCAGCCGCCGCCACCGCCGCAGCAUCAUCAUCACAGUUUGAAGCAUAAUAAAAGCGGUAACAGCAAAACGCACAAGAUGAAAGGUAGUGCACACCAGCAGCAACAACAACAUUUGAGCCAACAACACAAACCAGCAAAAUCGCGCAGCAAUCGCUCAUUGCAACAGCCGCAGCAACAGCAACAGCAUCAGCAUCAGCAACCGCCAACAGCCGAAAAGGUGGGUAAGAGUGGUCGCAGUGGCGUUAAAGAACGCAAGCAUAAUAGCAGUUGCGCCAACAGCGCCAACAAUAGCGCAACAAUGCAGAUUAGCAAUAUAAGCAAAGCAAAUUCGAUGACCAGCCAGUAUUCGAGCUCGAGUGAGAGCAUGCAAUGCGAUAAUAACUACUAUUAGAGCCAAGAGCCAUGAGGCAAGCCAACAGCUCCUAAACGUUUCGAUUCAGCAAUGUCCUAAGAGCACACACCUGCCACCCAUAAGCGUUUUGUUGUUGUUUUACGCCUUAAUGUAAACAGUGUGCGUAUUUGUGUAUUGCACCAACGUGUCGAUAGCCAUGCAGCGUAUUUACAGCCAUAAACACAAACAUACACUUACAUAGAUGUUGCACACGCACACACAUACAUAUGUACCAAUGAAUAUUUAUUUGCACAUAUGUACUUACAACAACGUCACCACCCACAAAUGCAAGAGUGCGCUUCAUGCGG